CACGAUCACAGUAUGCACCACAAUGCUUUAAAACAGCAAAGCUUCUGGAAAACCCAAACAAAAGGAACGUCACCAGGUGACGUCAGUCUAUAUACAGCCCUGUGUGGUCGCGGCGCAUAAGCAAACCCAUUCUUGUACCGCUUCCCUGAAAAGCUUUUCAGUAAAUGCACUCAUGCUACUACAGGAGCUUCUCUCAGCAAUAAGCCACCCAUCUGCCAUCAACAAGUUAGGACGAAAGGAAGCCACAGCUGCGGAAAAAGAAAACGUGAGCUUCAAUUAAACAGCUGAGCAGCCACCGAGGACGGAAACUUGUAUUAAGCGUUGAUUUAAAAAUUGCAGACCUGUCAGAGGAGAUCAAGCCAGCGAUUUCAAAAGGAAUAUUCCAAGAGAGCAUCGUGGAUUCAAUUUUGCACUAAUAUCAAAGGACGCUAACCCCAGUAAAUUAUUCAAAGGCUAUCGUACAUUAGAGCCUUUUUACAGACUCACGGCGUUGAGUCUAAAACUACGACUGAAUGCAACCUCCAAUGUACUCAAAAGAAUGGGCUUACAUUUCAAGUGGCCAUUAGGGGCUCGUAUGCUGGCAGCACUAUAUGCAAUGAGUAUGGUUUUAAAAAUGCUGCCUGCCUUGGGCAUGGCUUGUCCACCAAAAUGUCGCUGUGAGAAGCUGCUCUUUUACUGUGACUCUCAGGGGUUUCACUCAGUGCCAAACACCACUGAAAAGGGCUCGCUAGGUUUGUCACUGAGGCACAAUUCUAUUUCUGAACUUGAAAGGGAUCAAUUUGCAAGCUUCAGUCAACUUACUUGGCUUCACUUAGAUCAUAAUCAAAUUGCAACAGUCAGAGAAGAUUCUUUUCAAGGACUGUAUAAACUUAAGGAAUUAGUCUUAAGUUCCAACAAAAUCUUUCAUUUGCCAAACACAACUUUUAGCCAGCUGCUUAACCUGCAGAAUUUGGACCUCUCUUUUAAUCAGUUAUCCUCUCUGCACCCUGAGCUCUUCUACGGCCUUCGCAAGCUACAGACCUUGCACUUGCGAUCCAACUCCCUGCGGACCAUCCCGGUCCGCCUGUUCUGGGACUGUCGUAGCCUGGAGUUCCUGGAUUUGAGCACAAACCGCUUGCGAAGUUUGGCUCGCAACGGAUUUGCGGGAUUAAUCAAGCUGAGGGAGCUUCACCUAGAGCACAACCAGCUGACAAAGAUUAAUUUUGCUCACUUCCUCCGGCUGAGCAGCCUGCACACGCUCUUCUUGCAGUGGAACAAAAUUAGCAACUUGACGUGUGGGAUGGAGUGGACCUGGGGCACCUUAGAAAAGCUGGAUUUGACUGGAAACGAAAUCAAAGCCAUCGACCUAACAGUCUUUGAAACUAUGCCUAACCUUAAAACCCUCCUAAUGGAUAACAACAAGCUCACCACUCUGGAUUCCAAGAUCCUAAGCUCGCUGAGGUCCCUCACCACUGUGGGCCUCUCCGGCAAUCUGUGGGAAUGCAGCCCAAAGAUCUGCGCCUUGGCCACAUGGUUGAGUGGCUUCCAAGGUCGGUGGGAGCACUCCAUCCUCUGCCACAGCCCCGACCACACCCAGGGAGAGGAUAUUCUGGAUGCCGUGUAUGGUUUUCAGCUUUGCUGGAAUUUAUCGACUGUUGUUACGCCCGCGGCUACGACGACGUACGCAGAUCCCACCACCGAGUCCACGAAAAGAAUAAGCUCUUCUCAUUUCCAUAUGGGAGACAAAGAGAUUCCAACUACGGCAGGCAUGGUCGUUACCACCGAAGAACAUUUCCCCGAGCCAAACAAUGCCAUCUUCACUCAGAGGGUAAUUACAGGAACAAUGGCUUUAUUGUUUUCUUUCUUUUUUAUCAUUUUUAUAGUGUUCAUCUCCAGGAAGUGCUGCCCUCCCACAUUAAGAAGAAUUAGGCAGUGCUCAAUGAUUCAAAACCACAGGCAGCUCCGAUCCCAAACCCGGCUGCAUAUGGCAAAUAUGUCAGACCAAGGACCCUACAACGAGUACGAACCCACCCACGAAGGACCCUUCAUCAUCAUCAACGGCUACGGACAGUGCAAGUGUCAGCAGCUGCCGUAUAAAGAAUGUGAAGUAUAAUACCUACAUGCCAUCAAAAAUUAAACCAGAUAAGUAACCUAUUUUAAAAUCGUAGGGGACCUACAUCAGAUUCUAAUUUUUACAGAUGUUGACAUAAAGCCUAAUUUUCCAAGCUACUUAAUGGAAACAUUGUUUAUGGAGUGGUGCAGUAUUUUUUAUUUUUAAGUUUUUUAAAAAAUAGAUCCAUAAUAUUUUCAGUGUUAAAGAAGCAAUGAUUACAUUAAACUUGCACUCCUAAUGUUUAAAAGUCUAAAAAGAUGCUCACCUCAAACUAUGUAAAAUGUUUCAUGUUCUGUAAUUAUAUGGCUGUGUGUAAAACGUUUAUACCCGAGUCUCCAUAUUCUACUUUUUCUAACGAGAAGAGUCGGAGGGGAAGGAUACUGGAGAUCUGGGCAGGGAUGCGCGGGGGGACGUACGCUCCGUUUGUUCCACUGCAGCUGGAGGAUCCCAAACGCUCCAGCUGGCUCCCUGCACUUUAAAAGCAGCCAGGGAGGAUGAUUUUCCUCCUCUGAUAAUCUCACUCCAGUUAAAAAAAAAAAAAAAGAAAAGAAAAAAAAAAAAGGGGGGGGUGGGGAAACAAAAAAAAAAAACCCCAGCAACGAAGGUCCAGGUGGGGAUUUUUUCAGUGCAUUGGGGACCGGUGAGUUUAUUUUAAAUACGGUUUUCCUAUCUGCAUUCGUAGUUUGGCUUGCUUAACCGGACCUUGCUAAAGCUCCCAACAGAUAGAGACAGGAGCGGUUCACACGGUCACAAAUUAGCAGGACGGUCACAAAUCAGCAGGACGACUCUCCAGGCGCUUACAAAGCAGGCAGCGCAGCUUAUUUCGGAAAGCUCAGUGCGACGGGAUCGAUUCUAAAUAUUAAGUGCAUUCAAUUCUUAUCGGCUCUCUGGUUUGGCUUGAUGACGCUUUUUCAUGAAUUCCGGCUAAUUACUCACGGCUACGAACAAACGGCAUUUCAACACCUUUUCAUGUGUAAAUACACUUAAUGCAAGUUUUUCUUAAUUAAAAGUAAAUAUCAACCGGGAGGUUAAGGAGGAGAGGGAAGGAAGGAAGAAGCCUCUCUUUGUCCCCCCGCUGCCCCCCCUAGCUGAGGCUUCCUCUCGCCUGGAAGCUAUUUUCAUGCACUAACUCCACUGGUUCCUCUGGAGACAGAAUUAGCCCCUGUAAUAUAAGCUCUCACUUGUCCUCCUCUUCCAAAAUUCAAGGUAAUUAUCACUUUAAAAGAAAAUAAAAAAAUAAAAGCAAACCCCAAAACGUACCCUCUGAUAAGUUAGGAAAAUAUAAUUAGUUCAUAGAAUAGUUCACUGAAAAAUGUUUCGUUUCUUACUUGAUACGGGACAGAAUCUAGCGUGCCGGUUUAAAAAAGAUCAUAUAGAAACAUAUAUACACACACACACGCACCUCAUUUUUAAGGAGUAAUUUGAUUUCUUUCGCCAGAAGCACCAUAUUGCUAUUUAUACUAUAUUAUGAAAUUAUAUGUAAAUAUUUGCAGAUCUAUGCAGCGCUGGUGGUACUCAGAUGCCACGGGGGCGGGGGGUGGAGGGGGUUUGCAAAGGAUUACAUUAUUUUUAAGUCAACUGCUCAAAUAUUGUAAACGUUCUAACCAAAGCUAAAAGGACCAGAGGGAUGGAAGGUUUUUUUAUAUAUAUAUAUAUAUACAUGUAUGUAUAACUAAACAAAAUGUGUUGUCCAAUGCUGCAGUGUUAAACAAUUACCAGCACACACCGUCGAAGACAAGAAAUUCCUCACAGUGUCGACAUACCUUGAACAAAUCAGUAAUUACAGUAUGCUAAUUGUGUUGUACUAAACUCUUCCGCCAACUUUUUAAACAGAAAAAUCACUGCAUAAAAAUCUGUUUGCUAUUUCACUCUGCUUUUAUAUAUCUGUAUUACCACUUAGUGAGGUAUUUAGGGUGCAAUUAUACAACAGUUUGAUGUUUUAUUGUGAAAUGAAUUCGUCCAAGGCAAUUAUAGCAAGCUAAGUGUGACUUCUGUUAAGAUUUUACAUAAAGAUUUUUCAAUUACUGGUUUUGAAGAUAUUAAUUUGCAUCAUUUUACUUUUACAUACAGUGCCCUGAUUAUAAAACAAAUAUUUUGUUUACUUCCUGUGACUCUGUACUUUAACGGAAGAGAUUUGGUGAAGCCUAAUGGCUUUCCAUAGAGCUACCUUUGAACCCUCGUAACUGUUUAUACUACGAUGAGCCGAUUUACACCUAUUCUAGGAAAUCAAUUACUGCUUUUAACCGAAUACAAUAAAUCCUGCAGGGCAGGUGGACAAAGAGCAAAUAUUCUGUAUGAUUAAAUGCCACAGGAGCCAGACGGCCAGACCUAAGCUGAUAAAUCCAAGAAUGUAUUGGUGUCCAAGGGUAUUUAGCUGCCUGUAGAAAGACUCGCUUCAUUCCUUACCAGGAGUAAGAGCUCCCAGCUCCUCCCUGACGUCCAGGCUUUUCUCUGGGCAAGGCGACGAGCAUCGCUGUCUCAGCAGCAUCCUGCCCCUUACCUCGUGCUAACUUACACGAUGGGCUGCACUGGGGGGAACUGGAAAGCAAACUACUCUUAGGAAUGAUUUUCACGCACGGCUGUAGGGUACCAGCAGAGACAAAGUUAUAACCAAACUCAUUCAUCAUACCGGCAGCCAAGUAAUCUUGCUACACUACCAUCAACCAUCAGAUGUCAAUGCUGAACUCUGGUGUCCUCAGCUGCAUUUGCAAGAAGGAAUUCCACCUUUCUCCUCCACGCCCCGUGGAAACCCUCACUGUCAGACAGCUCAAAAGGCACCACGUCAGUCUUCCACAUGGUAAUGAGAAGUGGCUGCUUGACGGAAGCACUGAGGUUCCUCCCAAGGAGGUGCUUUCCCAACGCCCCAGCUCUGCGCACAAGCCCACUCCAUCUUUAUUAGCUUGUAAUUAUGCCCAAGAAGAGUAGAGACAGCCGUUCCAGCCAUGCUGGAUUUAAUCCUCUUCUCCACCCCAGCCACUCGUACCAAUUUUCCAAGCAGUGCUCCAGUGUCUCUCAAAGCAAACGCACCCAGGCACCCAACUUCUCUCCCCCACCAGUAUCCCCAGUUCCCCCGGUCCUGCAGCGCUGCCUUGGCUUGCGGGAGGCCAGCAGACACAGCCUGGCACAGCACUGUUCGAUUUUUACUUUGACUCCGCUACACGCUAACAGGCAGCCAAUCUCCCAAAUGCCAUAGUUUAUGUCUGCCAUUUCCAAAACCAUUUGUUGCCAGGUUCCAGGCGUAAGCAAAGCAAUUCUGCAAACAUUACAUUUAGGGUAACAGGUAUCAUAAAACUCGCAGAAUGUCAAACACUAGCGGUGAAGUCAACUUGAAUCCCCUUAGGAGGGACAGCAAACAGCAGGCAAAGCCAUCGCUCUAUACAAGGACACAACCAGAGGCUGUUAAUUUUUGGUUUAUUAUUUUUUAUAUUUUUUUUUUAAGUUACUGUCUUCCAUUCUCAAUUGCUUAUAACUCUUCCAGGCAAGAAGGGUACUGUAAUAAUUGUGUUACUCAGCAGUGUCCAAUUUAUUUUGUAUAUGGAACAAGAACCACGGGGAUUUGGGUUAAAUUCAUCGCAUUUCAGUGUGGGCGCUGGCUAAGGACAGGAGGUUGUAAAGUUGCUCUCCCCAAAUACCACCUCCAUUGCAUGGCCUCAGUUUCUACAAGCAUUAAGUGGCAUUAUAGGUGCUUCACCACCUCCAGGCACAGCCUCAUGCAAGUGUUCAGGGCCUUUUAGAAAUGAAAUUUCAGCCUGGAGAAGAGAAGGCUCCGGGGAGACCUUGGAGCCCCUUCCAGGCCCUAAAGGGGCUCCAGGAAAGCUGGGCAGGGACUCUGG